AUGCACUAUUUCAUAGGUGACUGCAAGUGGGUUCCCAGAGAUUCUAUUAAUUUCACCGAUGGAUACAAUUAUGGCGGCAUCAUCUUACCAGAUAGCGCGCCCGCAGAUGAAUUUCGCCCUGUGGCUUCUGCAAGAUCAGACAGAAUCUACGACAACUAUGUGACCCUGCACAGGAUUCUGCAGCGACACGAGGAAAGAAUCCGCAAGCUAUGGCCCAAGAAAAACAGAGGGCAGAGGUUAGAAAUCAUUCUGGAUGCUUGGCCAGAUAUGCCAGAAAUCCAUCGUCCCGACUUCGCCGCCUUCCGAGAGGUGAUGGAUUACCAAACCCACAAACACAAAGGCUGGUUCGUGUGGCCGUAUACCAAACAGGAGGACCUUCGAGGCCCGAAGGCACUGCCGCUUCUCUUGAACUCCAGAGGCCGUCAUGUCCCCUCUCAUUUUGCGGCUGCUGACUGGACGUGUCAUGGUUUGAAUGGUAUGACCGAGAAUAGUCGAGACUAUGGUAAGCUCAUGUCUUGGGAUGAUCACCCAGAUGCUUUCCACUGGUUCCUUUCGUCAAAGAAAUUUCUGCCAGGAGAAGGGCUAUUAGUACUGGAGGCACAAGAUGGGCUUCUGGAUUUCCUGGUUAAGUGCUCUCUACGAAUACUGCAUGAUAUUGCGAGGUCUGCAAUUAUCAGUGACAUCUUCCCAAAUUUUCCAGAACCACAAUUCCAGGAUGAAGGUGAGAUAACUGGUUUCGAGUCCCUGAGUGUGAUGGCUGCAGAAGCCCCAUAUCGCGUUCCUGCAAAACUGAACAUACUUCGCAUUGAGUCGCUUCUCAGAGCGAGAGCAUCAGCGGCAGAAGACCACCUUUGGGCAUUGCGUGAAGGUCCCGAAUAUUUCGCCAACGUGCUGCUUGAGGAAAAAGAGCAUCGCCCGGAGUGGUUGGAGGACGUCAACGGCAAUAAACAUCCACUGCUCAGAGAAGAAGAAAUCAUCUGGAGGCGCAUCAUGGGCUGGGUGGUUGGUGACGCAUACAUUAUGGUAGAGAUGUUCUCGGAACUCACAAGACAAGCCGGAGAAUUGGCCGCUUUGCAUGACAAAUAUGCUAGCUGUAUAUCCCCUGCAGAAGAGUAUGAGCUCAGUAGCCAACAAAACUUGUUCUUGAUUGCUGUCUUUAUUGAUCUGGUCAUGGAAGUCUUGCACCAGGCACGAUCCGGUGAUCAGCGUGCGGGGAGAGGUGGAGAUCCCCCGCCUUACGGUGCCGCGUUCCCCGCAUCGAUUGAGGGGGAGUGUGGUAUGGAAAGAGAUCUCGAUUCAUUCGAGUGGUGGGUUGGGGAUGCAGGAGAUACGAUUUUGGCCUGGAUUGUUGAGGAGGAGAGAAUCCACUAUGAGAACAGCUUCAUCAAACGGUUUUUCAAGACCAAGGCGGAGAAAGAGAAGGAGGAGGAGGAAGAAGAGGAGGAGCUCGAGAAAGCUGGAAAAUGGCUCGAAGCCCAGCAGAUGCGCUGGAACCACAAUUGGACCCUGAAUAUCCGCCAACGGACCCUUGUCCAACGGGAAAGCGCUUUGCUUAGCCAGCUGAACCGGAUGGGCAACGAGGAGCGACUCAUGUCUCCUCGGGCGAUGAUCGAGAAGACCGAGAAGAAGCAGAAGAUCGAAGGCGAGUUGGAGACAAUCAACCGUGAAUAUUGGCAGUUCGAACGGGACGAAUCCGAGAAGCCCAACGCGCUCUCCUAA